UGACGUAUUUUGUAUGUGUCGACAUUCACCGGAUAAUAUUGACAUUCUCUAAUUUCAGUCUUUCACAGUAACAUAUACAUUUUAAAUGAUAAAACUAGCUUGACUACAAUAUUUCUGUUUUACUUACACACUACAUUAUUUUCUACCAUUUUGCUACAAAAUUCAAACUGAAGAUGAUUUCGUUACAAUUUUGAUUCAUUUGCUUCACUUGUUAAACUCUCUAGUGUAGAAAUAUGUUUUAUAGUAUUUUUUUGAGUUAGAAGACAGUAGUAAAAUAAAUUUUUUCAUAACAUUUACUAAACAGUAAUUGGAUGAACAAAACAGAAUUUUAGCAUUCUGUUGUAUAAUUUACAAUCCAUUAAGUCUCUACUAUGUAUGGAAGCACAUCCUGUAUUUGAAAGAAUUGGCUGCCUAGAGACAAAAUUUGUGUUUUAUUUAGCUAAUAAUAAUAAAAAAUUAUAUAAAUUAAAUAUUGUAAGUUUGAUGAUUUGGAUGAAGAAAGAUAUGGAUGAAUUGAUAAUUGUUGAGCUGCAAUUUUCAAAUUGCAGACCUAUAUAUUCCCACUGUUGCCCAUCUGUUUGUCCUUUAUUAAUCUCAAGAACAGAGUUAUAUAGAUGAAAAUCAAGAUCAGUUGUGGAAAGCUUAGAGGCUGGAGGUCCCAAAUUAACUAUAUAUGAACUUUUGAUUUAGAAUGAAAAUCACACGACUGUAGUUCAAAAUAUUCUCCAGAAUGGAGUUAGAUAGACAACAAGCAUGGCUUGAUUGUUAUCAGAAGUAUGAUGUACAAGGGCAAGACAUCAUUAAAGUUCAGACCAAAUAUGAAAAGCUAAGGGGCCAAUCAACUGUACACAAACUUCCAGUCCAGACUCCAGAAGUCAUGUGAUUUUUUUAAAAAUGAAAAUAAUAUUAAAAAUUGCAGCCAGCAUUGUAAUGUCACAAUAAAUAAUUGCUCAUUUAAUUGCUGUCAGUCUCAUCAUUAUUCUCAGCAGUUUUUGUAAUUGUAUCAAGAAUUUUAUUCUAUUUAGUUUAUGGAUAUUUCAAUUUUAUGUUUUUAAGCAUAAACUCUGAAACCUUGUACUUAUAUCAUUCAAUGAAGCAUAUCCUAAUGUCAGAGUUAUUAUGGAUUAUAUAGUAAUUUUACUUUUCUUUCUUAAUAAUCAGAAAUUUAAUGAAUGUUUUAUACAAAAUCAGAUUGAGAUCAAUGGGAUACUUAUUAGAUUCAAUAUUAUUGACAUAUAGAUAUCUGCAUUCCCAUUAUUGAAUUUUUUUCCAGUAUAUAAAAAAUUUAUUCUACUUAAUUACUUAUUUAUACUAUAUUAUCAAAAUAAGUUGUUAUAAUAUUAAAUAUAUUAAAAACUUUUUUAUUUUUCAGAUUAAAAUUAUCAGAUACUCAUAACAGUAACUCAUUAGAAAGAGAAUUUGAGGAAAUUCAAUCUAUAUAUAAAAAGUUUUUUAAAGCUUGUUAUUAUGCAAUUUUUCCAAGUUCAGAAAUGAUAUGUUAUGUUGUUAUGGUUGCAAAUCAAAUGGCAUCUGCUAGCAUCCUUUCUCUUCCAUUACCAUUAAUGUCAUUUCUUUGGGGAACAUUAUCUGUACCUAGACCUACUGAAACAUUUUGGAUAACAAUUAUAACAUAUACAGAAGUUAUUAUAAUAGUGAAGUAUAUAUUUCAAUUUAAUUUUAUUUCUUGGAAUAAUCAAAACUUUUCAUCUGCUAUUUCUCCUCCAAAUAUUAUUGGAAUAGAAAAAACAGAUUAUUAUGCUAAAUAUGAUUUAGCAGUAUUAUUUGUUGUUUUCUUUCAUACAAUUAUAUUAAAGAGUUUAGGAUUAUGGAAAGACAGAAUUUCAAUAGGAAAUGGCUCUUUACCUAAAGAUGAUAGUAAAAUGUAUAUAUCUAAAGAAGAGAAAGAAGUUUCAGGUUCAAAUAGAAAUAAUAUGAAUGUAUCUGUGCAAAGUAAUGAUGAUAAAAUCGGAAAAACUUCAGGUCAUAAGCUUUCAAAACAAAAAUCUUAUUUUGAUGGGAUGUGCCAUUACUUAGAACCAUUUAAAGAAUUCUUUAAUAAUUUGUUUUCUACUCAACAACUAACUGUAGAUGUAUAUGUAUAUAUGUUUUUUUGUGAUUUUAUUAACUUCUUCAUUAUUGCUUUUGGUUAUUGGGCUUUUGGGGCAGGUACUGAUGAAGGACUGACUUCUUACUUUCAAGAAAAUAAUGUUCCUACAUCAUUUUUAAUAAUGCUUUUAACACAGUUUGGUUUAAUUAUCAUUGAUAGAGCAUUAUAUUUAAGGAAAUGUAUUUUAGGAAAACUGAUCUUUCAGAUUUUUACUGUGUUUAUUGUUCAUUUGUGGAUGUUUUUUAUAUUACCUGCUGUUACAUUUAGACAAUUCACAACCAAAGAAUUUAAUCCACCAAUGUUAUGGUAUUUUGUUAAAUGCAUUUACUUACUUCUGUCUGCUUUUCAGUUACGAUCAGGCUAUCCAACACGUAUUUUAACAAAUUGCUUUUGUAAACAUUAUAAUUAUAUUAAUGUAAUUUUAUUUAAAGGGUAUUUACUCAUCCCAUUUUUAUAUGAUAUACGCACAAUGAUGGAUUGGAUGUGGACUGAUACUAGUUUGAACCUCACAAAUUGGCUGAAAUUAGAAGAUAUAUAUUCAAAUACCUUUAUUUUAAAGUGUUGGAGACGGGCAGAAGAUGAUUAUCCUGUUCCAAGAGGAAUAAAAUAUGCUUCAACAAAAAAAUAUGGAAUUGGCGGUAGUCUUGUUAUGCUAAUAAUUUUUAUUAUAUGGUUUCCGUUACUGCUAUUUGCCUUAAGAAAUACUGUGGGUGAUCCUAACAUUCCAUAUGAAUGCACACUCGAGUUGGCUAUUAGUGAAUAUGAACCAAUUUUUAAAGUUAGUGCUCGGCGUGAAGCUCUCAAAAUCCUUACUGAAACUGAAUGGGAUAAUACAUUAUAUACUUUUCAGAAGGAGCCUUCUGCAAUGACAUUUCUGACAAAUUAUCAUGCAAAAGAUACGGCUUUAAUUAGCUUAAGUGGGAAUUCUGCUUCAUUUUGGACAAUCAGCUCUCCUAGUCAAGAUGCAUUAAUUAAAGAAUUAAAGAGUGAUAAUGUUUUAAAAAUGAAAUUGAGUUUAGCAUUUUUUCGUACAGUAAAUAAAUAUAGCGAUUCAGAAAAAAUUGUUACAAAUGAAUAUGAAAUUCCUUUGAUAAAUAAAACUGCAAGAAAUUUAAUAGCAUCUGUUCUUAAAGGAGAAGAAAAUAAAACAUCAAUUGUUAUUGAUAAAAUAUUUCCAAAAUAUUUGAGAGUUCUUGUUAAGGGAAAUGUCAUUCCAGUGAAAGAAUUUGCAAAAUUUGAUCCAACAGAAAAUAUUUCUUUAAAUGAAAAAUUAUAUUCCAGAAGUUUGCUUAUUUCCUUAAAAUCAGGAAAUUUCAAUAAUUUAACAUCUAGAACACAAUGGUGGGAAGUACAAGAAUAUUGCAAUAAAUCCAACUUUCCAUUUUCUUUUCUAAGAGUUGAUGAUUGCAAAUAUUUGAGGAUAUUAAUAUUUAAUGAUAGAGUAUUUCCUUCAAAAUUCUAUUUAAUAUCUAGAUAUGGAAUAAUUGGAUUAUAUACUACUUUUGUAAUGCUAGUUUCACACAUGAUACGCAGCAAUUUUGUAGCAGGAUCUUCAUACUUUAUCAUGUUUCAGGAUAUGCCUUACGUUGAUCGAAUAUUAAAACUCUGCUUAGAUAUUUAUCUUGUCCGUGAGAGUGGAGAAUUUUCUCUGGAAGAAGAUUUGUUUGCAGAAUUAUUAUUCCUGUAUCGUUCACCAGAAUCCAUUGUUAAAUGGACCAAAUAUCCAGAUUAGCACUAAUAUUUAUUUUUUGUAGAUAAUUUUAAAAUAAAUUCAGAAAAUAAUUUAAAAUUA